UUUGAAUUGAGCAGAAAGACACUUUUAUUUCAGACUCCAAUUCCCCAACGGCGCGGCCACAAUAUUCAAACUUUUCCACCCAGAGCCUUUGACCUCAUCAAAACGACAACAUCAACUGCCAUGAAUUUGUGGUACUUUUGACUCGGCCAGAAAAUUUAUAGUCGUUGAGCUUGAAAGCGACCUUCUCAGCUCAAAAUCAGUUCCCAGAUUUGACAUUCAACUCAUUUCCAGUCCCAAUUUUUAGCUCCAUUCGUUUUUUUUCUUUUUCUUUCCUUAGAGCAAUGGCAGAUGUACUGAUUGCAAGCGUCUCAAAUUCGAGAUGCCAAGAAAUGCUUGAAAUUCCCGCCAUCACCACUAGCCGAGGACAAUUUCUUGGAGGGCCAAAGGGAAACGGCGUCGUUCCUUGUUCCUUGAAGAGAAAGAGACCCCCGAAAAUCGAGAUCCCGAAUGUCCUACAUGAUAUUUCGCCUGAUAUUGUCAAGAUGCGCGAAGCCUCCACAUGCUUUGCUGAUAAUGGCGUCGGUGUCUUCUCUGUCAAGGGCAAGAAAAAAUUUAUGGAGGAUGCGCACAGGGUUUUGUCAUCUGCAGAUGGUGACAAGGUAUUUUUUGGGGUAUAUGAUGGGCAUGGAGGGAGUAAGGCUGCUGAGUUUGUGACUGAAAAUCUGCAUUUGAAGAUUUUCGAAAUGUUGAAUCAUUCUUCUGAAAAUAAAGAAAGAGAAGAAGCUGUUAAGGAAGGUUAUUUGAAAACAGACGAGGAGUUCUUGAAACAGGGCUUGGGAAGUGGUGUAUGUUGUCUCACAGCUUUGAUUGAAGGUCAAGAAAUGAUUAUUUCAAACUUGGGAGAUUGCCGAGCAGUUUUAUGUAGGGACGGCAUUGCGGAGGCCAUCACAACUGAUCAUAAACCGGGAUUAGAGGAUGAGCGAAGCCGAAUACAGGAAAAGGGUGGGUAUGUGGAGUUUCAUCGUGGAGCUUGGAGGGUUCAUGGGACACUUGCAGUUUCAAGAAGCAUUGGUGACUCUCAUUUGAAGGAUUGGGUAAUAGCUGAGCCUGAUACAAAGGUUUUAAGUUUGACGUCCGACAUGGAAUACCUCGUGUUAGCCUCUGAUGGGCUUUGGGAAGAGGUAAGCAAUCAAGAAGCCGUAGACAUAGUUACACAGUUGUGCUCCAAGAAAAAAGCUGUCAAAUUAUCUUCCCCAGUAAAAGAGGUUGGUUCAAGUUUUAGCUCUUUCUCAAAUUCACCAAGAACUACUCUCCUCACAAAAAAUACGACAUUCUCCCACAAGGCACGCAAAGCAUGCACUUAUCACCAGAAAACAAGCCGAGACGAACAAUAUUGCGAAAAUGCAAGUCCCCCAUCCAAGUCUCAAAGGAUAUCGUUGAAAAAACAAAAGAAGAUAGCGUUGAAUAACGAGAAUGAGUUCUUGGGUGAUAUGUCCAGUCAUGACGCUCUUUUGGGUGCUUGCAAGGAGCUCGUAAACCUUGCUGUAGCUCGAGGUAGUUUAGAUGAUAUUACGGUUAUGGUAGUUGAUUUAAGCUACCAAAUGCAGAAAAUAAGUCCCAACAGAGUUGUUAACUCAAGCCAUUUUGGCGAGUGGCUUAGAUUACGUUAGAUUGACUGCGCAACAGAGGAAGCCUUUCAAAAUGCUGCUUGGAUUACAAGUUUUUUCAUUCGUUAUAGAUUAUUAUUUUUUAAUUAACAUUCACUUGGAUCUAAUUCUGUACGACAACCAACGUUUUUUUGUUAACGAAGGAUCGAUACAUUAUUAUUUUUAGUUAACAUUCUCUUGGAUCUAACUCUACGAC